AUUUAUUAAUUUCUUAAUUUUUGGCACGCAUUUUACAAGCUGGUGAACGAAACCAAGAACGAAAACAAUCCUGGAACCUGGACUAAAAUUAAAAUUUUACAAUCGCGCGGGUUUAACGCUGAUAAUUAACUAGCCCUGCGUAUUCUGAAGCUUUUCACCUGUGAAUUUGCUUUGAUUGCCUUAAUUUGAAAACGAGUGUUUGAAGAAAGCAAAACUGAGUUAGCUGAGCAGUAGGGAUGUCACGGAAUAAAAAGCAGCGCCAGAGCGUUGGCAGAACGCCCCGUAAAGGGAGUCACACACCGAAAGUGACCAAACCAAAGCUGGUGAUCGAUUUGAGGGGGAGGAAACAGCGAAAGCAGUUGACCAAGAAUCGCGAACUGAUCCGGAAGCAGAUCCUCGGUAAUCGCAAGCGUAUUAGCAACAGCAACAGCAAGCUCCAGAUCCUGUACCCGCCGAUUCCGCCGCCACCCACACCGGAGCGAGUCACAUCAUCCAAAACUAGCCAACGGCAGAAGAGCAACCAGCACCGACCUCAGCGCAAGUUCGACACAAUCACCGUGAUCGACUCGGAAGACGAGGGAGUUGGCACCAGUGCCAGUCAGGAUGCGAUUCCCAGUUUCUACGAGGACAGAACCGGGGGAUUCGACAACAAAGAUGUUCCUCUGUACGUGAGUCACUACGGCGAUGUGCAGCUGUUGGAGGAAACGCUUGAGGAGGGUGAAAUCCCUGAUGACGAGGAAGAUCUGAACCGAGCGAUCGUAAACGUUGAGGUGAUGCCAGUACAAGAUGAUGAGGACGACGACGUUAUUCAGGUCGACGACAGCACCGUGAUUGAGCCAACGGUUCCAAUGCCAAAGAACGAGGACCAGUCGGUCAUAUUUUGCUCGGAGGUGAUCGAUCUGUCACGGGCGGUGGACCGGAAUAAGCUGCUGGACUUUAUCCCUAUAGGGUACGAUCCAGAUCCGGCGGAGGCCAGACAGCGAUCGCCUCGAAAGCGAAGUAAGAAGCACCGCGAGGAUAAGCAUGCGGAACAACCGGAAGCAGCACAGAAGGACGCGCCACCACAACCUGCCAAAGAUGUUGUUAGAACCGCGAAAAGGAUGGUUGUCAUCGAUGGAAAUAAUGUUGCGUAUGGUCACAGCGUCGGGAAAGAAUUCUCGGUAAAAGGUCUGGAUAUCUGCAUCCAGCACUUCAAGAAGAUGGGCCACAACGUCAAAGCGGUCGUGCCGCAGUUCCGGCAAAAGAAGGACAAAAGCACGGACCAAAAGAGGCUCGAUGAGCUGUACAAGGCGGGUGACGUUCUGCUCGCACCCUCGAAAAGCAUUCCCGGCCAGUACUCCUCGAGCUACGACGAUCGGCUCAUUUUGUCCGUGGCGGAAAAGUUCGACGGUGUCGUCAUUUCCAACGACAACUUCCGUGACCUGCUGCAGACCGACAACGAAUCUUGGAAAAAGAUCAUCAAAACCCGGGUCAUCGGAUACACGUGGGUCAUGGACGAGUUCUUUCUGCCGGACGAUCCGUACGGUCGGCACGGGCCCAAGCUGAAGGAUUUGCUCGAGAGCAAGCCGCAGAAGUGAUUCUUAUUAGUUUUCCUUUUUUUGUUUAUGUUAACAUAUUACAUAUUUGAGGCGCCUGUUUAAACGAA